AGAAAUUUCAAUUCCAUUCUCGAUUCCUACAAUAGUUUUCUUUUCUAUUAGCUUCUAGCUGUGUUUAUAGAGAAACUGGAGCGGAAAAAAAUGGCCUAGCUAUUUUCAAAGACGUGAAGGAAAAUUGUCACUGGGACCCUGUAUUUGCAGCAGGGUCCUGAAUCACCAAUCACCUCACCAAAUCAAGUAUUAACAGGUUCUCUAUCAAUCAAAAUAUAUACCUAAAUUAUUUCCUUUAUCUAUCAAUCAAAAUAUAUACGUAAAUCAUUUCCUUUAUCUAUCUUUCAAUCAAAAUAUAUACUUAAAUCAUUUCCUUUAUCUAUCCAUCUGUCUAGAAAAAGUGAAAGGUAGUAUUGUGAGUACAUGAAUAAGUCUCUUCCCAAAUGAUUUGUAUCAUCAUCACUGAACUCAAAGUUUUUUUGCUCAUCUUUUACUAUGGCUUGAUUGAAUGCAGAGAUUAAAAUUUCCAUAAAGUAGUUUUCAAGGUCAGUAUUUUUAAUCUCAUUUGCAAAGGCUAAAUAUGUUUUUUAACCUUAAAAGUAGCCAGAAAUGAUCUCAAAAUUUAGGCAUCUAGAAUAUAGGUUUAAUUUGAGGCUUUCUUUGUUUUGGGGAUCAAGGAUAGACACAUGCUCUCCAGAAGGAUUGUAACAUGGGAACAUUUUGCUUGAUACAGACUUAAUGUUUCUCCUACUCAGAUAUCUCCUAAGUUUUUUCGAGAUUUCUUUACCUAUAAAUCUGCAAUAUCACUGAUUUAUAAAACAUUUUCAUAUUUAGGCAUGGUAGUCCGUGCCUGUGAUCCCAGUAUCUAGGGAGUUGAGGCAGGAGAAUUGGCUUGAGUUCAAGGCCAACCUGGGUGGGCUACAGGAGAUACUCUGCCUAAAACAGAAAACAAAAGUUCAGAGCAUCCAUCAAUGUACUAUCCUGUUUUGAAAAAUGAGUAACAGAAUCAAGAGACAUUCACAUCUCUUUUAUACUUCUCUCGCUCCACUCCUAAAGCAAGGAGCGACACAGUAAAAAUUGAAAUAAUCCUGUUUAUUUACCAUUUAUUACUAAAUAAUUCUGGCCUCGUGGGUGUUCCCUGUUCCUUUAAACAAAACAUAAUAUCCUGGCAAUUUCUAUGUGGGAUGGUGCGUGAGUCAGGUUUUGACAAAGUGAGUUCCAUUUAAGGAGGGAAAUGAUAGGAUAAAAGGAAGAAGAAAACAAAAACAGAAAUGGUCCCCACAUCGUGGCUUGUGUAUUCAGCCAUCACGAGCUUUUUGUUUGCACCUGUUUCACUUUUGUUUGAAAGUAAAGCGCAGAGCUGCAAGACAGUGUGGACGUGGGAGGGGACUCGGAGUACAGAGAGCUUCAGCAACAGUUCCUCGGCGCAGAAAAGCACAGAGCUUGCUCACCUGUGAACCAGGUAGUUUCCAAGAGAGGCAGUGCAGGACGUGGAGGAAGGCAAGAACCCAGGAGCCUGUCCCAUAUGCCCACCCCCUCACCUACAGGAUCUCCUGAUAAAGAGGAUAGCUGUCCUGUGCCUGGGCAGAUAAAGAAGCAGCUGUGGCAGCCGGGGCUAGAGAAAAAUGUUUUGCAAGGGCAGCAUGAAGCGGACAAAAUCUGGAGCAAAGAAGGAUUUUACGCCGUUAUCAUUUUUCUCAGCAUCUUUGUUAUUAUAGUAACCUGUUUGAUGAUUAUUUAUAGGUUAAAAGAAAGGUUUCAGCUUUCCUUAAGACAAGAUAAAGAGAAAAACCAGGAGAUCCACCUAUCGCCCAUCGUGUUACAGCCAGCACAUUCGGAGGCCAAGACAGCCCACAGCAUGGUCCAGCCUGAGCAGGCACUGAAUGUUGUCGUGGACCCUCAAGGCCAAUGCACUCCUGAGAUUAGAAGCACCGCCCCCACCUCAGUCUGCCCCUCUCCCUUCAAAAUGAAACCCAUAGGACUUCAGGAGAGACGAGGUUCCAAUGUCUCUCUUACACUGGACAUGAGCAGCCUGGGGAAUGUGGAACCUUUUGUGGCCGUCCCAACCUCCCGGGAGAAGAUAGCCAUGGAGUACCUGCAGUCGGCCAGCCGCAUCCUCACGAGGCCACAGCUGAGGGACGUGGUGGCAAGUUCCCACUUGCUUCAAAGUGAAUUCAUGGAAAUACCAAUGAACUUUGUGGAUCCCAAAGAAAUUGAUAUUCCACGUCAUGGAACAAAAAAUCGUUAUAAGACCAUUUUGCCGAAUCCCCUCAGCAGAGUGUGUUUAAGACCGAAAAAUAUAACCGAUGCAUUGAGUACUUACAUUAAUGCUAAUUAUAUUCGGGGCUACAGUGGUAAGGAGAAAGCAUUCAUUGCCACGCAGGGCCCCAUGAUCAACACUGUGAAUGACUUCUGGCAGAUGGUUUGGCAGGAAGACAGCCCCGUGAUUGUCAUGAUCACCAAACUCAAGGAGAAAAAUGAGAAAUGUGUGCUCUACUGGCCAGAAAAGAGAGGGAUUUAUGGCAAGGUUGAGGUUCUGGUCAUCAGUGUGAAUGAAUGUGAUAACUACACCAUUCGAAACCUCGUCUUAAAGCAAGGAAGUCACACCCAACAUGUGAAGCAUUACUGGUACACUUCAUGGCCUGACCACAAGACUCCAGACAGUGCCCAGCCCCUUCUCCAGCUCAUGCUGGAUGUAGAAGAAGACAGACUUGCCUCUGAGGGCCGAGGGCCUGUGGUUGUCCACUGCAGUGCAGGGAUUGGGAGGACGGGGUGUUUCAUCGCUACAUCCAUUGGCUGUCAACAGUUGAAAGAAGAGGGAGUCGUGGACGCACUAAGUAUUAUCUGCCAGCUUCGUGUAGACAGGGGUGGCAUGGUCCAAACCAGUGAGCAGUAUGAAUUUGUACACCACGCUCUGUGCCUGUACGAGAGCCGACUUUCACCAGAAACCGUCCAGUGACUCCGUGAAGAUUUUUACCAGAGCGUCCAUCUCUCACAGGUGAUUCAUGAAAUCGCCUACUAAAGGCUCCUGGGAUGGAGCCUUCCUACAGUGGAUGAGGAGGCGCCAAAGCCAACCUGAGGCAUGGACUGCGGAAGACCUGGCGACGAGCAAGGUUGUCAAUCCUUUGUGUAUAGGAAUGCAUUUGUAGGCAUCCCCCAAACUAUUUCGAAGGUCCCAUGCUGAUGGAGGUAUGAUCACUUCUCACACAGCCCGAGGUGGAUUUUGUUUCGUCUGUGUUGAUUAUCUGCCACACAGAAUCUAUGUGUGUGAUACUCAGUGACUGUCCUUGUGACGGCAGGAGGAGCUGCUGAAGACAUCGCGAUCGUGUGCUUAGAUGUUCAUAAAGUCUGUCUUGUGAAUGGACUGUCAGCCAUCCAACUGUUCCGGUUUAAGUGCUAUUACCUAUAUCUCAGUUACCAGAAUCUUGCUCCUAAAGUUGCAAGUGAUCCAUCACAGAUUUUUAACAACUACAUUUUUGAUUUUGAAAAAAAAAAAAAAUCAAAUGCUGUAACUAUUUUAUAUGGAAAUGUGUCUUGAUAAUAUCUAUUAAAUGUGUAUUUAUAGUACCUCCUAUGGAUCAAUUACAGAGCACAAUGGCUUUCAUUGGAUACAUACAUAUAUAUGUAUAUCUAUACAUACAUACAUAUAUAUUCUAUUAUUAGGCAUAGAGUUGGCACCUGUUCCUCAACUCUAACCACUAUAUUUCUACAUUGUGACUUGUUUUGCUUUAAAAAGGGGAUAAACAAAUUUAUAGUAACUAUAAAGAAUCAAUAAUUUUAAAUACUCAUCUCUCUUCUACUGAGAAGGGGUUUUUUUGAAUAUGCUGUCUGCCUGGAAUCUCUCUCCCAAUAAGAGGCAGGUGCCUUUUGGGGAUGCUCCAACCUGUCUCAUUCCCAGACAUUCUUCUAUAAGAAUGCUGUCAUGCACGUCCUUACAUUUCUAACAGGUUUCAUUUCUCAAGAGACAAAUGAAGGUAAAAAUAACUACACCCAGCAAACAUGAGAUGUUCUGCUCAUAUAUGAAUUUUCAAUGCAGCAAAGUUGACUUUGUUUCAUACCUACCAAUAAAUGGCUCUUAUCACUAAA